CCGAUGCACACUCGCAUUCUUCAGGAGGGUGCCGACUAGAGUGCACUGCCGUUCGUCGACUUCAUACCUCCGACUCCGACGAUAUGCCGGCGAGGGAGCAAGGGACGGCGGCGAAGGUGCUGAAGCUGAGCAACGGGCACGACAUGCCGGCCGUGGGGCUAGGCGUCUGGCGGAUGGACGCCCCCGCCAUCCGCGGCCUCAUCCACUCCGCCAUCCGCGCCGGCUACCGCCACUUCGACUGCGCCGCUAAAUAUCAAAACGAGGCUGAAGUUGGGGAUGCACUUGCGGAGGCAUUUGAAAUUGGGCUUAUCAAGAGGGAGGACCUAUUCAUCACAACCAAGUUGUGGAACUCAGAUCAUGGUCAUGUGGUCGAAGCAUGCAAGGAUAGCCUGAAGAAGCUGCAAUUGGAUUAUCUAGAUCUCUACCUUAUUCACUUCCCCGUAGCUACUAAGCAUACUGGGAUUGGCAAAACAGCCAGUGCUCUUGGCGAUGAUGGUGUGCUUGAUAUCAAUACCACUAUCUCCUUGGAGACAACAUGGCAUGGAAUGGAAGAUCUUGUUUCCAUGGGACUGGUUCGUAGCAUCGGAAUUAGCAACUACAACAUCCUCCUCACCCGAGACUGCUUGGCCUACGCCAAGAUAAAGCCUUCGGUGAACCAAAUCGAGACACACCCUUACUUCCAGCGUGACUCUCUUGUGAAGUUCUGCCAGAAGCAUGGAAUCUGCGUCACCGCACAUACCCCCCUGGGCGGCUCCACUGCCAACACCGAGUUGUUCGGCUCCGUCUCAUGCCUCGACGACCCUGUCAUCAAGUCCCUGGCCGAGAAAUACGGCAAGACGCCGGCGCAGCUGGUCCUCCGUUGGGGCCUCCAGAGGAACACGGUGGUCAUCCCCAAGACCUCUAAGGUAGAGAGGCUGCAGGAGAACUUGGCCGUCGUCGACUUCGACAUCUCCAGCGAGGACAUGGAGAAGAUCAAAGCCCUUGACCGCAACUACCGCACCAACCAGCCGGCCAAGUUCUGGGGCAUCGACAUCUACGCUUGAUUCCACUGCAUGAUUUCCUCCCCGGACAGUACAAUUAAUAAUGUUAGAGCUUAUCAUUAGCUCAAAUGAACCUGAGUUGCAGAUGAUGAAUUUGGAACAUAAUUAAUCAGUUCGUCAUUCUAUUCGUACCGAACCAUGUCCGAUUCAUUCCUCAAAUAUCUUUAGGAAAGGUAUACGUGGCUGAACUCCAUUCAAUAA